UGGGGAUAUGUGUAUAAAAACAGAUGAUUGAACUUGGUGUACCCCCCAAAAAUAAUAAAUAAAUAAAAUUAAUAAUAAAAACAAAACAAAACAAACAAAAAAGAAUGGCACAGGGGGAUGAAUCAAAACCAUCCAGCAGAAGGACUCCUUCCAGUGGCGGGAUUCCUGGUAUCAUGGAAUAGGCUGGGAGAGGAGUUAUUUUCAACGAGUGGGUAGAGAUACGCCCUCCAGAUCACAUGUGACCCCUAUCUCAAGUUCACUUUCGUUAAGUGUAGGAAAUCAUCAUGACAUGCAUAUAGGUAAUAUGAGUCAUUUUAAUUCUUUGAAAGAAAUAUUAGGAAUUCAAGGCAUUUGCAGCGACGUAUUUUCUGUCUGAUUACAUUGUAAAAUUAAUUGAUAUGGUUUAAUUUCAUUCUACGAGGGUGAGUAAAAAAUUAUCCACACUCUGGUUGUAUUAAAACUUCUAUAAAUCAUACAGCCACAGCGUGGAUAAGUUUUGACUCACCCUAACCCUCGUAUGUAGUACCAGAUUUUAAAAAAUUGAUGUAAGAGUAUUUCCAGCAUGUUUUUUUUCUGAAGGAUGAAAAAGGGCUGUUGUUCAGUACUUACAAAGGUAUGUAAAUAAAUUCAACCUUUAGAAUAAUGUCUGGAAUAUGCAUCUAGUGUACAAAUAUAUUUCUACAAUGUAUCUCUUUAAAUGUACAUACCUAGCAGGUUAUUUUAAUCUUCAGUGCAGGUGAGUAAGUGAGCCAGGGAGCCAGUGAUGAUGUGAGAGGCAGCCAGGCAGGAAUCAGGAUGGAGAGGGUAGAAAUUCCUCAUUCCUUAGAGCAGACCUCCCAGAGAUACUCCAGAGACCUGGUCCCACAGAAGGGCAACAGGUUUGGCAUCUCAUCUGCUUGAAAUCUGGGGACAGUUACACCGUCUGAGUCAUACUGCGUGUGGUCCAUCUGGAGUGGGUCUAGCACUAGACAGUAUCACCAUGAGACAAACAUCCCUGUAGCCUUAGAAGAUACUGGUGCAGCCAAGAGUCAGUAGCUGCAGGCAAAGCUCUCCUUAUGCCAACACAAUGUAAACACAUUGGAAAUUGUUGGCUUUAUUGUUAGCCCUUUCCUUUUAACCUAAAGCAGCGUUACUCUACCAAAAAGUGGGGAGCUGGAAAAAAAACAAGGAAUUCACUCAGCCCACCCUCUGCCUUGCGAUGGAACCAUAUGAGUUUAGACACUAGACCAGGUCUUUCUGUGGGACCAGUGUUGCUGACACAGUCACUCAGUUGCUAGACAAUACUUUUGAGUUCAUGUAACACAUUGAAAGUUCAGAAGCAGAAAUUGAUUUGCCCUCAUUGUGAAGGCAAAGGAAGGACCUGGGUUGGGAAUGGCCCAGGUCACCCCCUUUUUGGCAGUUGGUGCCCACACCUCCACCAACUUUUCUGGAGGAAAGACAGAAAUACCCAGCUGGGCUUGGCCGAGGUGCCUCUGUGGGCCCUUCCAACAUAGGUCCUUCCAUGCAAUUUUGGGGGUUUCUUUUAUCACAUAUUGUAAGAUUGCUGGAUUUGUACAGAAAAUUUGAACCUGUACUACCUUAAAGGUUAACCUCCAAAGAAGGAGAGACAAAGUCUUAAUCCACCAAUCUGGAACAUCUUAUGCUUACUCAUUUUUGGUCACACAAAGCAUCUUUUGCUACCCACAGAAAGAUACCUAGAGCUUUGGAGGCUCAAUGUCAUCUCUCAGUAACACCAGAGAAAGCAGGCUUGCAAAGAUCCAGAGCCUCGAGCUGUGGGGUUGCACACAUAAUACAUGAAAGAUAUCCUGCAGGCAGGCCUGCCAUAGGGAGCACCAGCCUUAAUUAUCUUUUGAGGUAGUGGAAGCACAGAGGCAGUAAUCUAACUGCUUUGUGAUUGAGCAUCUUCAGGAAAAUGAGUGUAGCUGCGGCACUGUGCUUAGCAGGUGAGUAUCACUGGUUGGAGGACCAGAUGCCAUGAGGGGUGGAAUGGUCUGGAAAUGGAUCCUUUAGUCAUAGUUGAUUUAUGCAGUUUCACUCAGGGAACAUAGGGGUCAGUCACUCUUCCCUGUAGCUCAAGUCAACCAGAUUGCCUGACAACAGAGACUUGGGUGUAGCUGAAAAGUGCUCGAUUUCUACAAGCCAAUGGAAGCCUUGAACAGAGUUUUCAUUCUACAGAUAAGAACACUGCUUGCUCUAAAGCCUGUUUGUGAAGAUAGAGUUAAGAAGAAUCAGAUCCUAAAAUGGGGUCAGGUCAUGGAGAAAUUAUACCCUCUAAGGAGCUCUCAAAUUGUUAACAUCUAUUAAGUAUUCACUCUAGGAUUGCAACCGUGAACACUUCAGGUGCUAUUAGCUAAUCCUUAUUAUCUUUUGUGGGUCUCACUAUAGGGGCAGGAAAGGAGACGAUGAGUGAAAGUAGUUAUUGCUUUUGGAGUUGCUGAUAUUAUUUAUCGCCUACAUGUUACCUCCCUGGGUUGACUGUUCCAGUUCUGAGUCAGUGACUGGCCAGUUCCAGCACUACGUAUACAAUUCCCGUGACCUGGUUUUCUAUUUCACUUUAUAGAUAUGGGACUCACUCACAUGGACUUUUUAAGAAGUUGGGGAUUCCUGGGCUGAGACCUCUGCUUAUUUUGGAAGUGUUCUGUCCUACCGAAAGGGUGUUUGGCAGUUUUACAAUGAAUGUUUUAAAAAGUAUGGAAAAAUGAAGGGGAUUUAUGAAGGUCAACAGCAUGCGUUGGCUGUCACAGAUCCAGACAUGAUCAAAAUAGUGCUAGUGAAAGAAUGUUAUUCUGUCUUCACAAACCAGCAAGUUUUUUGGUCCAGUGGGAGUUAUGAAAAAUGGCAUUACACUGGCUGAGGAUGAACAGUGGAAGAGAUUAUGUACAUUGCUGUCUCCAACCCUCACCAGUGGAAAGCUCAAGGAGCAUCGAGUGGAUUUACUUCAGCUGAUGAUUAACUCCCAGAAUGCCAAAGAAACUGACACUCAUAAAGCUCUCUCUGACCAAGAACUCGUGGCCCAAUGUAUUGUCUUUGUUUUUCCUGGCUAUGAGACUACUAGCUAUGCUCUUACCCUCCUCAGAUAUAUUUUGGCCACUUACCCUGAUGUCCAGCAGAAGCUGCAGGAGGAGAUUGAUGCCACUUUCCCCAAUAAGGCACCUCCCACCUACGAUGCCCUGGCACAGAUGGUGUACCUUGACAUGGUGCUGAAUGAAGCUCUCAGAUUAUACCCGAUUGCUGUUAGACUUGACAGGGUCUGUAAGAAAGACAUGGAAAUCCACGGGGUGUUCAUUCCCAAAGGAACAGCAGUGACAGUGCCAAUCUUUGUUCUUCACAAAGACCCAGAGCUCUGGCCAGAGCCUGAGGAGUUCCAUCCUGAAAGUGAGGCUGAGAGCUCCUAUAGGGUCGGGGAAUGGGAAGGAUCUGGAGCUUACCUUUCUCACAGCAAAAUCACCACAGCAGGAUGAAAGACUAGCCCACACAGGUUCAGUAAGAACAACAAGGACAGCAUAAUCCUUACACAUACCUGCCUUUUGGAACUGGACCCCGCAACUGCAUUGGCAUGAGGUUUGCCAUCAUGAACAUGACACUUGCUGUUGUCAGAGUCCUGCAGACCUUCCCCUUCAAACCUUGCAAAGAAAUACACGUCAGACAGUUACCUAUGUGCAUUAAUAAUGUUUUACUGGGAGUUUUUUUUAAACUGAGGGGUAACUCUCUCUAUGUAUAAGAAUGUGAUCUACUCAAAGAAUAAUUUGUUCUAUUAGUCAAGAAUCUAUUUGGAGCCAUUUGUGACCUUUCCUUGUCCUGCAGCUCUGGAGGGCUUAAUCUGUGGUUUUAUAAAGACCCAACUAUAAAGGUCAUCUAGAGUCAAUGCAGUUAGCGUGACAUGAUUAUACACAGUCCAGUGAACUUGAACAACAUUUUAAGUUUUGUUUCAAGUCCAGUGGAAGGAAGGGAAGUGGUGUGCAAAGUUGUGAGUCCAGUGAUUACCAUGUCACGACUUUUCAGUAACGUACUUCUUUACCAGAACUUAUAGAAGCUCUCAUGACAGAGGUUCUCAGGCACUCUUUGUAUAAUACAGGGCAGUUUAAAACAAUCCUGAUGCCUGGGUCAUCUCAUUUAUUCUAAAACAUUUCACCCAGAGUGUGGCAUUCAAAGCACUCCAGUUGAUUCUCCUGUGCAGCCACGAUGAGAACCCUGAUUGAAGCAUUUCUGCCAGAUGUGAAGGACUCCCACAGCCCCCUCACCUUCCAGGGGUCCUGCUGCAUCAAGCUGGGCUCCCUUUACAUUCCAAUAAUAACCACGUGUGCUCUUCCUGCACACCCUGCAUUCUGUUCUCCCCUUCAAGUUCUAGUUCAAUCCCAAGCCCCUCCCUGGAGGCUUCCCCACCCAGUCCAGAGCCCACUCUCGCCUCUGCUCUGUUAUCAGUUACCGCAGGCUGGCAUCAUGGGUCCCACCACCUAACUUAGCACUUUGUCAUGGAACCAUCAAGUUUGGUUUUCUAUGUUUCUUUGUACCUAAGAAUGUUUUUAACUCUAUUCCCUCAUUUUAUUCCUUUAAUAAACUCCCAAUGGUACCUUGACAUCAUUGGGCAAAUGCUUAAGGAGUGACUUCUAGUUGAUUUAGAGCUCGGGGACACAAAUUUUGAACAGUUUGAACUUUAAAAAUUUAACAGAUGUCACUGGUGUAUGUACUUGGGGUGUGUGUGUGUGUGUGUGUGUGUGUGUGUGUGUGUGUGUGUGUGUAUCCGUCUGCUGGGGAAAUAUAAACAUGCCAUUUAAAAUUUUUAAAUAAUUUUUUACAUUUAGAGAAAAAUCUGGAAUCUCUCUUCUGAAGAGUACAAAGAACAAUUACCAUUUUUUCAUCUCAAGCACGGCCCUAUAAUAAGGCUUAUUUCUAGGAGUCACACAUUGAAUAAGCAGCUGCUCCCCUUGAGGAGGCUUUCUCAGGAAACAGGAGGAUAGAGACAGUUUCCAUUUUACUUGUGGGCAUCUGCGUGGCCGUCCUGUAAGUGUGUACAGACAGGGGACUCAUCCCUGGGAGAAAGGGGCCUCUGGCACACCUGGGAAGGGAGAUGCUCCCUGCAUGCUCCACCCAGUCACCCACAGGCUGGGGCUUCUCCCUCCACAACAGUUUGCUUGCCCUUCAGUCAGUUGAGGUUAGAAGGUCACUCUGUUGGCUCCCCCAACGCUGAAGGUGUGACUGGGUGAGAAAGGGGCUAAAAGUCUCAGACAAAACACUGUAGGUCACACUGUGAACACCAUUUGUUCACAAUUGGGAGCCAAGGGAUGUUAAAAAACAGGCAUAACGCCUCACAAAGACCUCUUCCCUUCAUGAAACUGGAUGGAUUCUACUGGGAGAGGUGACUGAACCCUUUAGAAGUUGAGGAAAGCCCAUAAAAUUACAAUGUGUGAUACCUACUCAAGAUUACCUUCCAAAUUUUAGCAUACACAAAAUUACCUCUACAAUCUUUUUUCAAGAUAGUUUGCCAUAGUGUCUAAGAAUCUGGUGACUUUAAAAAACUCCACAUUUUUACUUAAAGUUUAAAUCCAUAAAGAACACAGGGCUGCAUGAUUUUGUAUCAAGCCUGGUACAGAAUAGGUGUCCAAUUGAUAUUUUGUGGAAUGAAUGAUGGUUGAAGGCUUUCACUAUCCCGGCUUGACAAAGCGUAUAGAAUAAGUGUAAAGAAUCAAAGAUCAGGAGGGGAAAUUGGAUGAAAGUGAUCAAAAGACACAAACUUCCAGUUAUAGAUAAAUAAGUACUAGGGAUAUAAUGUAAAACAGGAUGAUUAUAUUGACAUUUCUAUGUAGUACCAGAGAGUAGAUCCUAAGAGUUCUCAUGCGAGGAAAGCAGUAUUUUUUCUUUUUCUUUUCUAUCUCUAUGAGAUGAUGGAUGUUAACUAAAUUUAUUGUGGUAAUAAUUUCAUGAUAUAUGUAAGUCAGAUGUUUAUGCUGUAAUCCUUAAUUUUAAAAGUGAAUAGUAAGGAGAUACUGUGAAUGACUAUGCCUAUGUAUUUUAUUUUAUUUUUUUAUAAAUUUAUUUAUUUAUUUAUUUAUUUAUUUAUUUAUUUAUUUAUUUUGGGCUGUGUUGGGUCUUCGUUGCUGUGCACAGGCUUUAAUUGUGGCUAGUGGGGGCUACUCUUUGUUGCGGU